GCAAUUUUAAUUGGGUGGUGUGUGAAGGUCAUCGUGAGAGGUCGGGUCAGUGGUGAGAGUUGAGAAAAAGGAUGAGCUAUCCCUCAGUGAGGUCGCUCCUCCUCAUCAUUGGAGCCGCAUCAUGCAUCAAAGCUCAAGAUGGCUUUGAAUGGAGUACCUGGUUCAAUGUGGACCACCCUGAAGGACAGGGGGACUAUGAGCAGCUGGACGCGAUCCGCUUUUACUUCCCUGAACGUGUCUGCGGCAGACCCAAGGCCCUGGAGGCUCGCACCACUGACUGGCUUCCCGCUAGCAGUACAGGGGAGCGGGUACAUGCCGACCCGGUACUGGGCUUCUGGUGUGUUAAUUCAGAGCAGCCUGCAGGACACAACUGCUCCAACUACGCCGUUCGCUUCCUCUGUCCCAAAGGAGCCUCAGCUCAGGGUGGGUGGGGCCCCUGGUCAGGCUGGACUCCCUGCUCAGCUCAGUGUGGCCAGUCGGCUGUACAAGUGCGCUCCAGGAGCUGCAGUUUACUCACCCACCACAAGGAGCAGCAGUGCAUCGGAUCGACAAUGGAGAGCAGAACAUGCAAGGGUGUUCCCUGCCCAGUCUCAGCUCGAGGCGAGUGGAGUCCCUGGUCAGAGUGGACUCCCUGCUCGGCCCAGUGCGACCAGGUGGCUGGGCAGGUGCGCCUCCGGCGGUGCAGUUUACACUCCCAACACAAGGGGCAGCAGUGCAUCGGACCAGCAACAGAAAAGAUGACAUGCAAGGGACCUCCCUGCCCAGUGUGUGUCCUGCAGUGUGCGAUGGGCAAGGUGAACGCAGAGUGCGACGCCUGCAUGUGCGAGGACCGUCUCUUACUGGGCUCCGUCCGAAGUGCCGGGGGGCUUCCUGCCCCCGGGGCUGCCCUCAUCCUGUCGGGCCCCACCCCUAAACUCCUCACCCUCGCCGACCACAACGGCCACUUCCGCAUCCCCGGCCUCUGCCCCGACGGCAACACCACCCUGACCGUCAGACUGAAGAAACACGCCCCCCUCAGCGUGGCCGUGCCCCACAGCACCAAACACACAUCCGUCCUCCACGUGAGGCUCAACCGAGCAGAGAAACUUCAGGUGCUGACAAACCCUGAGCACAAGGUUCGGAGGGAGGGCCAGACGGCUGCAUUCUGCUGCAAAGUGGGUGGCACUCCAGAACCUGACCAAUAUCAGUGGUUCCACAACGGCAGCCUGUUGGACAGGAAGCGUCUGAAAUAUGGAGACAUGCUGGUGUUAAGGAACCUGGGCCCGGAACAAGCAGGGGAGUACUACUGUCGAGCAAGCAGUGAAGCCGGAGCCAUCAAGUCUAAGCCAGCUGUGCUGACAGUCAUAGGUCACAAGACUCCUUCAUGUAACCCGAAACCAGAAUCCCAUCUGAUCCGCCUGCCUAAUGAUUGCCACCAGAAUGAGAGCUCUUCAUACUAUGAUGUUGGGAAAUGCCCCGUGGGGGCCUGUGCAGGACAGCUUGACAAGGGAAUCCGCUGCAAAGACCCUAUAGCGUACUGCUGUGGGGUGUCAAAAAUGGAGAAGAGGCAGAUAUCCUGCCAGGGUUACGAGCUGCCAAUCAUGGUGGUCUCACAGUGUGACUGCCAGAAGUGUGUGGAAACCAAGGCCACUGUUCGGGGACGGGUGGUGGCAGCAGACAAUGGGGAACCUAUGAGGUUUGGCCACAUCUUCAUGAAUGGGGUACGGAUCAGCCGCACUGGGUACAAGGGCACUUUCUCUCUCCAGGUGCCUCCUGACACAGAGAGGCUGGUGUUGACCUUUGUGGAUCAUAUGAAUAAGUUCAUAAACACCACAAAGGUCCUGCCCUUCAACAAGAAAGGGGGAGCUGUGUACUAUGAGGUCAAAUUGCUGAGGAAGAAGGCACCAGUGACUUUGCUUUCUUCAGAGACCAACACACUUCAACUGGGGGAAGUGGAGGCCCAGGAUCCAAUCGCUGAGAUUGAGAUCCCACCCAAUGCCUUCUACCGGGAGAGCGGGGAGGUGUAUAAUGGUAAGGUGAAAGCCAGCGUCACUUUCCUGGAUCCUCGAGAUGUUUCCACUGCAGAUGCUGCCCAAAGCGACCUCAAUUUCAUUGGAGAAGAAGGCGACACGCUGCCUCUGAGAACCUAUGGUAUGUUCUCUGUGGACUUCCGGGAUGAAGAGGCAGGCGAGCCUCUGAAUGCCGGUGAGGUUAAGGUGCUCCUGGAUUCAGCCCAGGUGAAAAUGACUGAGCACCUGAGUGCCAUGAAGCUGUGGUCCCUGAAUCCAGAGACGGGCCUGUGGGAGGAGGAGGGGAAUUUUCGGGCAGAGAAGAGGCGCAGGGGAAAGCGAGAGGAGAGGACCUUCCUCGUCGGGAACAUGGAGAUCAGGGAGAGGAGGCUAUUCAAUCUGGAUGUCCCGGAGAACAGGAGGUGCUACAUGAAGGUGCGGGCCUUCCGUGGGGAUCGCUUCAUGUCCAGUGACCAGGUGGAGGGAGUGGUGGUGAGCCUGAUCAACAUGGAGCCCUCAGCGGGAUAUUCCUCCAACCCCAGAACCUGGGGCCGAUUCGACAGUGUCGUCACAGGCCCUAAUGGCGCCUGUCUGCCUGCUUUCUGUGAUGAAGAGAAAGUAGAUGCUUACACAGCCUAUGUCAUGGCUAAUCUGGGCGGGGAGGAGCUUGAAGCAGUUGCAUCUUCCCCCAGGCUCAGCCCGAGCAGCAUUGGGGUUCCCCAACCUUACCUGAGCAAGUUCAACUACAGACGGACAGACCACGAAGACCCUAAAGUGAAAAAGACAGCCUUUCAUGUAAACUUACCCAAGCCCAGCCCUAACGUGGCAGAGGAAAGCAAUGGUCCCAUGUACUCAUUUGACAGCCUGAAGGACUGCGAGGAGGCCCCUUUCAGCGCAGGACACUUCCGCUUCUACCGGGUGGAAGGCGAUCGGUACGACUACAACACGGUGCCUUUCAAUGAAGACGACACCAUGAGCUGGACAGAGGACUAUCUGAGCUGGUGGCCCAAGCCCAUGGAAUACAGGGCAUGCUACAUAAAGGUCAAGAUCAACGGUCCCCAUGAGAUAAAUGUGCGCUCACGCAAUAUGGGCGGCACCCACCCAAAAACGGUGGGCCAACUGUACGGCAUCCGUGACACCCGGAGCAUCCGCGACAUGGACCAACCCAGGGUCUCAACUGUAUGCUUAGAGUUCAAGUGCGGAGGGAUGCUCUAUGACCAGGACCGUGUUGACCGCACUUUGGUAAAGGUCAUUCCCCAGGGCAGCUGCAAGCGUGACAGUGUGGGGUCCAUGCUGCAGGAGUACCUAGUCAACCACUUGCCCCUGGCCGUUAACAACGACACAAACGAGUUCACCAUGCUGGCGCCACUCGACCCUCUGGGCCACAACUAUGGCAUCUACACCGUUACAGAUCAGGACCCCCGCACAGCUAAGGAGAUUGCAUUGGGGCGCUGCUUCGACGGCACGUCCGACGGCACCUCACGUGUCAUGAAGAGCAACGACGGACUGGCGCUCACCUUUACCUGCGCCGACCGAGAGGCGACCCGACAGAGCAUCUUCCAGACGCUGCAGAACUCCCCGGGACAGUCUCUGGUUAGCGCGGUGAAGGAGGCCAAGCGCAACAGGCGGCAGAGGGGCAGUGCGGCCGCAGUGCGUAGCAGCAGCAGGCGCAGUAAUCAAAACCCCCUCCCUAACCGCAGCAGAGCUGCAGGCUGA